UGUUUACAUAACAAAAUACCGCGCGUAAAUUUGUUUCAUAACUUUACUUCGUUUACGAAGAUAUAACAAAGAAAUCAUGCCUACCUUAAGAAACAGAAAGGCACCUCAAGUGAAGAAAUCAGAAGUGGAAAAGAAAAGAAAGAUUUCUCAUAGCCCAAAAAAAAUUGAAUUUAAAAAGUUGAAGAUAGAGAUUGAGAAAACAGAACCUGCACCAGAUUCACAUAGUGAUGACUCUGAUAAUGACCUGUCUGAUCUAGAGAACUUGGGCAUUGAUUAUGCUAAAAGAAGAGAAGAAAAUCUUCGACUCAAUCAAGAAUUCUUUGAACAGUUUGGCUUAAAUGAGGCCAGACAGGACCUACUUGCCACACAGGUGAAAAAGAAACCCUCACAGAGAGGACUGAAAAGGGAGAAAGUUCCGGUGGAGAUAUUGCCACGUAGAACAAGUCUCAGACUACAGAACAAGACACCUGAGGGCAUAGAGUUACCGCCAGAGGCCCUGAUCAAUAGAGCUGCCUACACUCCAUAUGAACCUGUACAGCAUCUGAGACCUCCAGCAGGGCCUCUGGAGAUGAAAGAAUAUCUACAUGGGUCAACGUCAGUAGAAAACCAUGAAGAAAUAUGCGGUGCUGUCAACAGUCUGAAAACAAAACCAAUCAAGCCAUCAUCUUUAGAUUUGGAAAGAUAUAUUGCUAGCAUAAGUAAGACGAAGCUUGUUGCUGAGCGUGUAGCGAAAGUUGUCCCUGAAAGGACAUUUUCUAUUGCUCUUCAUCCAUCAGACACCAAAGUUAUUGCAGUAACUGGGGACAAAUGGGGGAAACUAGGAAUCUGGGAUGUUUUGUGCGACAGCAAGUCUUCCUCAGAUGGUGUAUGUUGUUAUGCCCCUCACUCUCGUCCAAUCACGUGCCUAGAGUUUCCGGUACACACACCAGAGAAGAUUUACUCAUGUGGUUAUGAUGGUAGUAUGAGAUGUGGUGACAUGAAAAGAGAAAUUUUUGAUGAGGUAUACAGUGAACCUGAAGAUGAUGAUGUAUUAUUGCGCAACUUUGUGUUUACCUCUCCACACACAAUGCUUGUGUCACAGAAUACUGGCAGUGUUGCCCUGGUUGACACAAGAACAAACAGUACGUCGGCGGAACACACCUACUCCUUACAUGAUAGAUCACUACGCACAGUUAGCUGUCAUCCCACAGAGCCCCAUUAUUUCUGCACUGCAGGUGUCGAAGGGACUGUAUGUAUUUGGGACUUGAGAAAUGUGAAGGAGAAGAAAAGUAAACAACUGUGUAAGCUCACAGUUGGUCGUAGUAUAAACAGCGCUUAUUUCUCACCUGUUACCGGCAAAUACAUUCUCGCCACAUCAAUGGAUGACAAACUGACGAUAUUUGACAGCUCAGAAGUAGGGCCCAAUAUUAAAGUGAAGAAAAGUAUAAGUCACAAUAACCACACAGGACGUUGGCUGACUGGAUUUCGGGCAUCCUGGCACCCAGCUCGGGAAGAUGUUUUUGUUGUUGGCAGUAUGAACAGGCCCAGAGAGAUAUCUUUAUUCAGUGUCCAGGGGAAGAAGUUGCAUUCCUUUAAAGAUGAAGAUUACCUGGGUUCUGUGUGUAGCUUGAAUGCUUUACAUCCAACUUUGGACUUGGUAGUGGGAACAAACUCAAGUGGAAGGCUGCAUGUGUUCAUGUGAUUCAUGGCUGCAUGUGUUCUUUUGAUUGUACUGAAUAAGGAGUGUGUUCAUUUGAUGAGUACUUGUGUUCAUUCAAGAACAGAGUAUGCUCAUUUGAUAACUAAGUAUGUUCAUACAAGAACGUAGUGUGUUCAUAUAAUGAUUUAAUGUGUUCAUACAAACAGUGUAAAUGUUAUUGUGUUCAUACAAGAACAUAUGUUCAUAUGAUAAUUGAACAUGUUCAUGUUGGAAUAUUUUCACCCAAGAACAUAGUAUGCUCAUUUCAUAACUUAAGUGUUCAUACAAGAGCAUCAUGUAUUCAUAUGAUAAUUUAAUGUGUUCAUUCAAGAACAUAUUAUGAUAAUUGAACAAAAUCAUAUAAGAACAAAAUGUGCUUAUUUUAAAAUGCAACAUGUCAUGAAAGAAAGGGGUGUAUUCAUGUGUUGCCAGAAUGUGUUCAUGCAGAACAAGAAGUAUUCAUAUGAUAAAUGAAUCUGUUCAUACAAGAACAAAUUGUGUGCAUGUUACAAUAACUGAUCAUGUUCAUGUAAGGAAAGAAUGUGUUUUUACAGAAACUCUUAAGUGUUCACUUGAGAAGACAAUGUGUUUUAUACUAAAUGAAAGUGUUCACUGAAAAACAAAACUUGUUGUUACACUAGUUUGAAGUGUUCACCCAAGAACCUAUGUGUUAUUACACUAAUUGAAAGUGUUGAAGCAAGAAUAGAAUGUGUUACUACAGGAAUCGAAAGUGUUCAAGUUAGAACAGAAUGUGUAAUUACAUUAUAUGAAAGUGUUCAUUCAAGAACAGAAUGUGUUAUUACACUAAUUGAAAGUGUUCACUCAAUAGCAAAAUUUGUUAUUGUGCGUAAUCUGAUAGUGUUCAGUGAAGAAAGGAAUGUUGUUAUACUCAGGGAAAUUGUGCAGUAAUGAACAGAUAUCAUAUUUGAGAGGAUUCGUAAGGUAAUUUAGCAAUGGUUGGAACACUGAUGUGAAUUUAGAUAGCUAGUGCUUACUCUGGUACUGUGUUUAUAUGAUACCUAAAUGUGUUCUCAAAAACAUUUCAGCAUGUUUAUUUAGUACAUGUAGUCUUUUGUAAAGACGCCCAACUGCUUACAGUGUUCAUAUGGUGGAAAGGAAUGUUUUAGUCAGACUUGGAUUCGUGAAACAAAGCAACAGACUUGUCGAUUUAUUUUUUAGCUCAUCUGAUUUUUUUAAAAAAAAUGAUGAGUUAUUGUCAUCACUUGAUUGGUGUCGGCGUCGCCUGGUUAAGUUUUAUGUUUAGGUCAGCUUUUCUCCUAAACUAUCAAAGCUAUUGCUUUGAAACUUGCAACACUUGUUCACCAUCAUAAGCUGACCCUGUACAGCAAGAAACAUAACUCCAUCCUGCUUUUUGCAAGAUUUAUGGCCCCUUUUGUACUUAGAAAAUAUCAGAUUUCUUGGUUAAGUUUUAUGUUUAGGUCAACUUUUCUCUUAAACUAUCAAAGCUAUUACUAUCAAAGCUAUUGCUUUGAAACUUGCAACUCUUGUUCACCAUCAUAAGCUGACACUGUACAUCAAGAAACGUAACUCCAUCCUGCUUUUUGCAAGAAUUAUUGCCCCUUUUGGACUUAGAAAGUCAGUUUUCUUGGUUAAGUUUUAUGUUUAGGUCAGCUUUUCUCCUAAACUAUCAAAGCUAUUGCUUUGAAACUUGCAACACUUGUUCACCAUCAUAAGUUGACCCUGUACAGCAAGAAACAUAACUCCGUCUUGCUUUUUGCAAGAUUUAUGGCCCCUUUUGGACUUAGAAAAAAUCAGAUUUCUUAGUUAAGUUUUAUGUUUAGGUCAACUUUUUCUCUUAAACUAUCAAAGCUAUUGCUUUGAAACUUGCAACACUUGUUACUAUCAUAAGCUGACCCUGUACAUCAAGAAACAUAACUCCCCUUUUGGACUUAGAAAAUCAGUUGUCUUGGUUGAGUAUUAUGUUUAAGUCAGCUUUUCCUAUAAACUAUCAAAGCUAUUGCUUUAAAACUUGAAACAGUUUUUCACCAUCAUAAGCGGAAGCUGUACAUUAAGAAGCAUACCUCUAUCCUGCUUUUUGCAAGAAUGAUGGCCCUUUUUAGACUUAGAAAAUGAUGGGUAGGACAAUAUUUCUAUUAUACAAAAAAAAUCAGAUGAGCGUCAGCAUCCGCAAGGCGGUGCUCUUGUUUUAAUUAUAUAAUCCUGUGCUGUUCCUACAGAAAAAAACUGACAUGUGAUCUAGUGGCUGCUAGAAAUUAACAUCUACUGUGCGGCAUUUUAAAGAAUCUGUUAAUACUUACAAAAACGUUGAGGCCAGUUUACUGUUGUCAUUUGAUGGUAUUUGUAUGGGUUCAUGUAUUUGUUCACAUUGCAGUUUAGUAAAGUUAUAGUUUUAACCUUGACCAUUACAUAACAGGAAAUACUAUUUUACUGCAAAUAAAUGUUAUGGAUAGUGGA